AUGUCGACCACAAAGCCCUCGCGUAACAGCCCAGCCCUCCACUUGCAGGUCCUACCAGACCGUUUCUUUGUCGUCAAGUUGGAAACUGGGCAGGCGAUACCCCCAUGCGUCUUGAAGAACCUCACAGACGAUACUGGCCGAUUCUUCUCUCUGACAAGAACAAACGAAGAGGUCUCGCUAGUGGGCGAGGCUAGCGCUACCAUGCCCGACUACUGCAAGCAAAAUGCCGGGUGGAUGUGUAUAAAGAUAGCUGGUCCGAUGGACUUUGCCUUGACCGGGAUUCUGUCUGAUCUUGCGGCCGCGUUGAAAGUGGCCCAGGUCCCCGUCUUUGCGAUGUCGACGUGGAACACAGACUACGUGCUCAUUCCCGCAGAGAUGAUCACAGAUGCUAUCAAUGUCUUGGAAAGAGACGGCUGGAUUUUCGACCAGGGGGCAAGAAGGCAGGCAAGGCUCUAG